UCCAACAGGUAGUCCUCGAACCAAGAGAUUACGUUAACGCAAACAAAAUCACAAUUUCCAUACCCUCCAAUCCUCCAUUUAACUAUAUAGGAUUCUCUGCCGGAUUCUGGCAUGCGCUUCUGUUCUAUUACCUCACCUUACCAAACUCCAAAUCUCUAUAUCCCAUCUGUCAAAAACCCUCUGCAACCCUCUGUUUUCCAUUUAUUUUCACGUUUCUCCAACCCCGUAUCUCACUCUCUCUGCUCAUCUCUUAUAUCUCUAAAUCUCUGUGUCUCUCCUGUUUCCCACUUUCCCACUUUCCCUUAUCCCCUCCGUUUACCACGGAAAACGUAGAAAGAGGGGAGAGAUGAAUGGUAAAGAGAAGCUUGUGGUAGAAGUUGUUGGAGCCCAUAACUUGAUGCCCAAGGACGGGGAAGGCUCAACGUCUGCGUUUGUGGAGGUAGAGUUUGAGAACCAGAGACAAAGAACCCAAGUGAAGCCCAAAGACCUGAACCCUGUUUGGAACGAAAAGCUUGUUUUUAACAUCAAUGAUGUUGCUGAUCUCCCCUAUAGAGCUUUGGAAGUUAAUGUUUUUAACGAGCGAAGGUCGGGUAGUAGCAGGAAUUUUCUGGGUAAGGUGAGGAUUUCUGGUUCUAACAUUGUCAGGGAAGGUGAAGAGAUUUCUCAGCUUUACAUUCUUGAGAAGCGGAGUUUGUUCUCUCAUAUUCGUGGUGAGAUCAGUCUCAAGCUUUAUCUUUCCACCAAAGAACAGUUUAAGGAGAGGAACAGGAACGAAGUAACAACUUCGGCGACUUUUGUGAAGAAGCAGAAGAAUAUGCAUCAGCAAGCAACCUCUGGGUCUUUGCCUCUGCAACCGCAGCAGCAGCAGCAGCAACAACACCAACAGUUGACGCAUGACAACAAACGGCCACAACAACCCCAGCAGCAACCCAAGCCAUUGGAAACAAACCCAGGUGAGUUUAAGCCCGUCAUUAUCACAACCGGGCCUGGUCCAACUAUCCCCACUCCCAACAUUGCCGGUGUUGGUGGUGGUGGUGGUGGUGGUGGUGGUGGCGGCAUUGGGGGUUUUAGUUCUUCUGGUUCAAAUGAGUUCACCCUCAAAGAAACUAGUCCUCAUUUGGGAGGAGGUGCUACCAACAAAGACAAGACCAGUUCGACUUAUGAUCUGGUGGAGCAAAUGAUGUAUCUUUAUGUCAAGGUCGUUAAAGCUCGCGACUUUUCGAUCUUUGGUGGUGGUGAAGUAGUUGCAGAGGUGAAGCUUGGGAACUACAGAGGGAUUACUAAAAGAGCGAACUUGAGUAACCCAGAUUGGGAUCAAAUCUUCGCUUUCUCCAAGGAUUGUAUCCAGUCAUCAAUGGUGGAGAUUUAUGUUAAAGAGAACAACAAAGAUGAUUUCUUGGGUCGAAUCUGGUUCGAUUUAAACGAGGUUCCAAAAAGGGUUCCGCCUGAUAGCCAACUGGCUCCGCAAUGGUAUCGUAUGGAAGAUAAGAAAGGGGAGAAAGGCAGGGGAGGUGAGUUGAUGGUCUCGGUCUGGUUCGGGACCCAAGCAGAUGAAGCCUUUGCUGAAGCUUGGCAUUCCAAGGCUGCUAAUGUACACUUCGAUGGCCUCUGUUCCAUCAAAUCCAAGGUUUAUCUCUCACCUAAGCUCUGGUAUCUCCGUGUAACCAUCAUUGAAGCACAGGAUAUCGUUCCAGGCGAAAAGGGCUCGACAAUGGCGAGGUUCCCGGAGCUUUCAGCGAAAGCCCAAGUCGGAAACCAGGUAUUGAAGACCAGAGUCUCCACAGCCAUGUCGAACCGGAGCCCAUCGAACCCAUUCUGGAACGAAGAUACGAUGUUCGUCGUCGCCGAACCGUUCGAAGACUACCUAAUGCUCUCCAUUGAGGACCGUAUCGGACCAGGCCGGGAUGAGGUUCUGGGUCGCAUUCUAAUCCCUGUAGCUGCAAUCGAACGCCGAACCGAUGACAAACAAACGGUCUCCAAAUGGUUCACCCUCGACACCCACUAUAACAUGGGCUUGGCCGAACCAAAAGUAGUGAGCCGGUUUGGUUCAAGGAUCCAUCUCCGCCUCUCUCUCGACGGUGGCUACCAUGUCCUGGACGAAUCCACCAUGUACAGUAGCGAUGUACGGCCGACGGCGAAGUCGCUUUGGAAGCCCCACAUUGGUGUCCUUGAGAUGGGAAUCUUGGGAGCCACUGGGUUGAUGCCGAUGAAGAUCAAGGACGGCAAAGGAGGAUCCACUGACUCCUAUUGUGUCGCGAAGUACGGUCAAAAAUGGGUUCGAACUCGGACUGUGGUUGACAACUUAGCACCCAAGUGGAACGAGCAGUACACGUGGGAAGUUUUCGACCCCUGCACUGUCAUCACUGUCGGCGUCUUCGACAAUUCCCACACCGAUAAGUCUGCCGUGGCCGGCGUGGGAGCAAGAGAUUCUCGUAUCGGAAAAGUCAGAAUCCGGUUGUCUACGCUACAAUCUGAUCGAGUGUAUACGCAUGCGUAUCCUCUUCUGAUGCUGCACACUUCGGGGGUGAAGAAAAUGGGAGAGCUCCACUUGGCCAUCAGGUUUACUUGCGCCAACAUGGCUAACGUGUUCCAUAUGUAUACUUUGCCGUUACUGCCCAAGAUGCAUUACGUCCGGCCCUUGUCGGUGAACCAGCUGGAGAGCUUGAGGUAUCAGGCGAUGAAUGUGGUGGCGGCCCGGUUGAACCGGGCGGAGCCGCCGCUUGGCCGGGAAGUGGUCGAAUACAUGCUCGACCAUGAUUCUCAUAUGUGGAGCAUGAGGCGUAGUAAGGCUAACUUCUUCCGCCUUGUUUCGGUUCUAUCGAGCAUUAUUGCAUUGGGGAAAUGGCUCGAGAUGGUCCGUAGUUGGCAGAAACCGGUCUAUUCGGUUCUAUUCAUGAUCUUCUUCCUUGUGCUCAACGUGUUUCCUGAACUAAUCCUGCCGUUCAUCAUGCUCUGUUUAUCACUCACCGGGCUCUGGCGAUACCGGUCAAGGCCGCGCCACCCUCCCCACAUGGACACUAGGCUCUCUUGCGCGGAGACGGUUUAUGCUGAUGAAUUAGAUGAGGAAUUCGAUACCUUCCCGACUACCCGCAGCGCUGAUCUCAUUCGGGUGAGGUAUGAUCGGUUGAGGAGUGUGGCAGGAAGGAUACAGACUGUGGUUGGUGACUUAGCCACACAAGGUGAACGGUUCCAAGCUCUGUUGAGUUGGAGAGACCCAAGAGCUACCUUCUUGUUCAUUGUGUUCUGUUUGAUAGCAGCAGUGGUGUUCUAUGCAACACCAUUUCGGGUAGUGGUGGGUUUGUGGGGAUUCUAUGCUCUGAGGCCUCCCAGGUUCAGAAGCAAGUUGCCUUCCCCUGCUUUGAGCUUCUUUAGGAGGUUACCUUCAAAGGCUGACAGUUUGCUGUAAGUAGGGAAUUUAAAAGAAAAAGAAAAAGGGUAGCUAUGAUGUUCAUGGAAUUGUAUUUGGAGUUGUUUUUGGUUGGGGAAUUUAUUAAGGGACAAUGGGUAUCUUUGGAUUAAUCUGGUUCAAAUUUCAAAAGCUUUAUUCCUUUUAUUUUGUAUUUAUUUAGUCCUUUACUUUGUAUUUAUUUAGUCUUUGUCCCUUUGUUGGUUGUGUUGGAAUACUUUUGUAGUUCUGCAAAGAAAUGAAGUUGUCCUUAUGCAAA